UUUGCCGGGAAGCACCUGAGGGGAGGGGGGUAAAAACCGCUAUUCUGUUAUACUUAACUUCGGGACGUUUGCUUUCCUUUUCGCCAUGAGCCGAAGCUAUAACGAUGAAUUGCAAUAUUUGGAGAAACUGGAUAAGAACUCCUGGCGCAUCAAGAAAGGAUUUGUGCCCAACAUGAACGUGGAGGGUGUAUUUUAUGUAAAUGAGCCUUUGGAGAAGUUGAUGUUUGAAGAACUAAGAAAUGCAUGCCGAGGUGGAGGCGCUGGUGGCUUUCUUCCAGCCAUGAAACAAAUUGGAAAUGUAGCUGCAUUGCCUGGUAUUGUUCAUCGAUCUAUUGGACUUCCUGAUGUCCAUUCAGGGUAUGGCUUCGCUAUUGGCAAUAUGGCAGCCUUUGAUAUGAGUGAUCCAGAAGCAGUAGUUUCCCCAGGAGGUGUAGGGUUUGACAUUAACUGUGGUGUUCGAUUACUGCGGACCAACCUUGAUGAGUGUGAUGUCCAGCCAGUGAAGGAGCAGCUUGCACAAUCCAUGUUUGACCACAUUCCUGUAGGAGUGGGAUCCAAGGGUGUCAUCCCCAUGAAUGCCAAGGAUUUGGAGGAAGCUUUAGAGAUGGGGGUAGACUGGUCCUUACGAGAAGGCUAUGCCUGGGCGGAGGAUAAAGAACAUUGUGAAGAAUAUGGGAGGAUGUUGCAGGCAGAUCCAAAUAAAGUGUCAGCAAGAGCUAAGAAAAGGGGUUUACCUCAGCUGGGGACUUUGGGAGCAGGAAACCACUAUGCUGAGAUACAGGUUGUGGAUGACAUUUAUAAUGAAUAUGCUGCCCGAAAGAUGGGUAUAGACCAUAAGGGACAAAUAUGUGUGAUGAUCCACAGUGGGAGCAGAGGCCUUGGCCACCAAGUAGCUACAGAUGCCUUAGUAGCUAUGGAAAAAGCAAUGAAACGGGACAAGAUCAUAGUGAAUGACCGCCAGUUGGCAUGUGCCAGGAUAGAUUCUCAGGAGGGCCAAGAUUAUUUGAAAGGGAUGGCAGCAGCUGGAAAUUACGCAUGGGUCAAUCGUUCCUCCAUGACUUUUCUUACUAGACAGGCAUUUGCUAAAGUCUUCAACACCACCCCUGAUGAUCUGGACAUGCAUGUAAUAUACGAUGUGUCUCACAACAUUGCAAAAGUAGAACAGCAUGUGGUAGAUGGAAAAGAACGGACCCUGUUGGUGCAUAGGAAAGGAUCAACCAGAGCAUUCCCUCCUCACCACCCUCUUAUAGCUGUUGAUUACCAACUGACCGGCCAGCCAGUGUUGAUCGGUGGAACAAUGGGAACUUGCAGUUACGUCCUUACUGGUACUGAACAAGGCAUGACUGAAACCUUUGGAACCACUUGCCAUGGAGCAGGCCGUGCAUUGUCCCGUGCCAAAUCGCGACGUAACUUGGAUUUCCAGGAUGUGUUGGACAAGUUGGCAGAUAUGGGAAUAGCGAUCCGUGUUGCAUCUCCCAAGCUGGUCAUGGAAGAAGCGCCUGAAUCUUAUAAGAAUGUGACAGAUGUGGUUAACACCUGCCAUGCAGCUGGCAUAAGCAAGAAAGCGAUUAAACUGAGGCCCAUUGCAGUAAUCAAAGGGUAAAGAUGCCAUUCACAGAAUCUGACAGAACCUCUUCUUACUCACACUACUCGGUAAUUAUAUUUCCAUCCAGAUGGAAACUGACAACCUGUUAGAACUUUUGGACUUAAAAAAUAUGGUACAAGAAAAGAUAAACCAAGAUGUGUUGCUCUUUUGAUCCAGUGGCAAGUUGUCUGUUGCUGACUGAGUUUCUUUACGGGGGGAAAUGUGAAACAGUUAUCUGAUUCUAAUAAAUGGUUUGUUCUGCCUAUAAUAAGACUUCUAAUCACUGCUAAUUUGAUAGCCAUCUUUUUUCAAGAAGGCUGUUUUUGUUGGAUUUUUUCCUUAAGUUUAGUUGUUUCUCUCGAAUAAAGACUUAGGUUCCUGAGUAAUAAUACAUAAUAUCUCAUGAAUAUUUGUUAACAUGGCAAUUUCGACCAAUAAAUAAGCCUGACUAAGCUAGUAAUCCGUAGGAUGUAGGAAAAUUUGCAAAUAUUCUUACUGCAGAAGUCUGUGACUUAGCAGUUUUUUCUGAGAUGUUUUUGACUAGGCAUGGAUAAGUUGCAUCCCCACUACACGAUAGGGGGUACUUUAGGAGCAGAUGAUUCUGUGCACAUUGCAUGCCAGUAAUGUCCCUGAUCUGAAGUUUUACUUGUACUUUAGUCGACAAACAAUACUACUUUCUUGAAAAGAGAUCAGCUUUCCAUGAAGACAUAGAUAGUUUUCAUUAAUGCUUUAAGCCAUUCAUGUCUAGAACAGACAUAAUAGCUAUAUUGGUAAAGAGCCGUGGUGACGCAGUGGUUAGAAUACAGCAUUGCUUGCUAAUUCUGCCAACUGGCAGUAGAUUGGUAAAAUGAGAAGCCAGGUUGUUGAGGGCAAUAUGCUGACUCUUUAAACUUCUUAGGGCUGUAAAGCACCGUUAAGUGGUAUAUAGUACGUCUAAGCAUUAUUACUGUUGCUAUCCUCCAAGCUGUCAAUAAAAAUACAAAAACUUG